ACCGUUAGGAGGAAAGAGGAACGGCCGAAUUAGCAUCGUUUAUAGUAAAUGUUUACAAACGACGGGAAGAAAAUGUCGGUAGCGCCAUCGACGAAAAGUUUUUUUGGAAAGGAAAAUAUCGGAUUUGACGCGUUUUGAUUAAUGGUUAAAAAUAGUUAUCGUCGGGGCGAUGAGAAAGGCAGGAGAAAUAAAAGAGAGUAAAGUGACAAAUCAUUAGGGAAGGUGGAUUUGUGCAAUCGAGAGGGAGGGUCAUUCCGGACAUUGCCAUACACCUAUGUGUUGCUCGGCUAAUUUGUUAUUUGCAUGGGAAAAAUUCCACUAACCAAGCGAAUAUGUUUGAAUAUCGAGAGGCACAAAUACGUAAAAUGGUCUUAUAUCAAUUGUUAGUAUAUGUGGAAUUAAAAUAGUGUAUAAAAAUAAGUAAAAACAUGGGAACAGAACAGUUUUGUUUGAAAUGGAAUAAUCAUCAUUCCAAUAUGUUGACUGUAUUUGAACAAUUACUUUCAAAUGAAGCUCUUGUUGAUGUUACGCUAGCUUGUGAAGGACUCAGUAUGAAAGCACAUAAAAUGGUUUUAUCAGCCUGCAGUCCAUUUUUUCAAAAUCUUUUUCUUGAAAAUCCUUGUAAACAUCCAAUUGUAAUUUUAAAAGACAUGAAAUACAGGGAUUUAAAGGCCAUAGUUGAUUUUAUGUAUCGUGGCGAAGUUAAUGUUUCUGAAGACCAGUUGACUGCAUUGUUGAAGACUGCUGAAACGCUAAAAGUGAAAGGAUUGGCCGAAGUUAUGUACGAAAACAAACAAGAUACUGUUAUACAUGAAGAUGCAAAACAACAGAUGAACAGAUCUCAAUUGUCGUGUGGCAAUCGUCCCAAAGAAAAUAGAAUUCUGAGUGCAUCUUCUGUUCGAAGGAAACACGGACGGUCAAGAAAACAUUCCUUAAGUGAUUCUGUUCAUAGUGAUAGUGAUAGUCAUGUGCCAACAAAAACAAAGGAGAUUGAGUCUUCGUUGAAUACGGAAGAUAAUGCUAUGGAAUGUGUUGUUGACGAGGAUGUCCAACAUAAACAAAAUACUAAGUUUGCUUCCAGGAGGCUGGAUACUUCUACAGAUUCACAGUCGCAAUCAGUUCAUUGUAACAAUUUUAAAAUGCAAACAUAUUCAAUGCUUCCAUCCAUUGUUUCAAAAGAAAAUACUUCAGUUGAAGAGACAAAAUCAGGUGACGAAGUGGAAUUCGAUAUCGAACCAUCUAAAUUAAUGGAACAAACAUUAACAGAAAAUAUGCCAGUAUUUGCAAAUAGUCAUCCACAAACUAGUGCUCUUCCAUUAUCUUCUCAAACAUCUUCUGUUGAAAUAAGUGGAAAUGUAUUAGAUAACCAACUCUGUCAUAUUUCAAACAAUGGAGAUGGAUCAGCUCUAGUCCCUGUAUCUGUCUCAGUUGAUACGCCUACCUCAACAAAUGAAUUUGCUCAAGAAGAUAUACCUGAUGUUAAACCCGAAAACAUUUCCUUUGAAAGCACUCGACUAUCACCCAUACCCGGACCUUCUCAACAGCAAAAGGAUAAAAGUAAUUCGGUCGUAUCUUAUCUCGAUAAUUCUAUGGUACCAGCAAUUCCCGGACCAAGUAAUUAUCAAUCUGAAAAUUCCCAAGUUAGUUUUCAGCAACAGCAUGGACAAGACUGCAUUUCGUCACUCGUGAAGACAAGUAAUGCAUCAUUUCAAAAUUUACAAAAAAAUCAAAGCAAACUUUAUGAAAAGAAAUCAAAGUCUUUGCAGGAAAAAGUACGAAAUAGGCCUUUCUGUCCAGUGUGUCUAAAAUCAUUUUUCGAUGCAAGCAAUCUUAGAAGACACAUGGAAAUCCAUUAUUAUCAGCGCAAGAACUACAUCUGCCAGCUGUGCACCAGACGUUUUUCUUGGAAGACUCACCUCAUGACGCACAUUCGAACGUGCCAUGUUACGGAAACAUCUGCGGAAGGAAGUGGUUUUAGAUAAUGUGAUUGCAAAAUUUUUGUCCUCAUCUUAAUUAAUUCAAAAUAGUAUUUAGUGUGCAGUUCAAGUACAAUUCUGUUUUUGUAGCUGGGAUUUAUAGAUAAAUUCAUAUUUUUUUUUUUUGGAAUAUUCAUUUCUUUGUUGAUGCAUUUUUGUCAGGUUAAAACAUGUUAUUCUUAUUGAUGUUAAGAAAAGAAAUCAAUGAGAAUAAACCAAAAUAUGGAAUUAAUAAUUUUGCCAAAACCUCAUAUUUUAAAGAAUUUUUAAACUAUUUGUUUUUAAAAGUGUAUAUAGGCCUGUUGAAGUAUUUUAAAUUAUAUUAAAAGCUGAUAAUGCUACAAUACUUCCAGUACUUUAAUAGUAAAAUUAUUAACACCAUCAUAAAUAUUUUAUUAAAGCAUCAAAGAGAAUAAAAUGUACUCCUCAUCAAGACUUUUUUGAACAACAAUAAAAAAUUAUAUACAAAUUAAUAAGGAGGUAAAAUUUUAAUAUUCUAAAAUAUAACAUUUGGUUAACUUUUAAAUAAUUACAAAUUUAUGUUAUGGAUAUAGUUAUCACUACUAUAAAAGCAGAGAAAUAGAAAUAAAUAGGCAAAUGUACUGUACAUUCUGUACUUUUUCCUUAAACUUUUCUGUUUAAAAUUUUCUAUUUUUUUGAGAGUAAUUUCAGGUAGAAGAGAGAAAAUUGCUAUAUUUUAUAGUUUCUGUACAUAACGAUUUUCGUAAAACCAUAAGUUUUACAGUUUUCUAUCAUAUGCAGUGCUAAUUUUAAUUUCUUCCACUUAAAAAAGAACGUAAGGCACUUUCUUUUCUCAAGACUCCCUUUCUUAGAUUGGUGCCAUCUUUUUUUCAUUUUUAUGUUUACCAAUCUCAUUUUAUUUUCCUGUGUUUCUUGUUAUUUGUUUUAUUCCCAAUCACAUUUUUGUGUAUGUGAUUUUUUUUUUUUUUUUAGAAAUGUUUCUGAAAGUAACUCUACCAAACUGUCCAAUCUUCAUAUGAAAAAAAAAAGUUGCUAUCAAAUGAAAAAAAAGCUGAACUCAUAGUAAAAUAAAAGCAUAAAGGAAUGUAGUUUAUUUUUUGCUACUCAAAUGAUUAUAUAACAUUUUUUGCUUUCUGAAAUGUUAACUAUUUUUGAAAUGGGCAUCAUGAGCAUAUAGAAACAUUGGUUUUGGUGACUACAUGGCCCAUGGAGGCUAGAGUGUCUGCCUGCUACUGUGGAGACCUCAAUUUAGAUCUGAUUGGAUUCUUAGAAAUUUUGUGUGGUGAUCUGGUCUAAAUAUAUUUGGUCUCAUCAUUUUCCAUUUUCAUCAAUUGUAACUGUGUAUAUAACAAUGAUAUAUUGACCAUAAUCAUAGAAAAAGUGGAUAAAUAUAUAUUUAUCCACUUUUGCAUAUGCAAAAGCAGUGGUGUGGACAUGGCAUGAUAUUCAUGAUACAUCUGCACCUAAAACAUGGACAGUUUUCAGUUCUUUUCUAGCAUAAUGAUCUAAAAGUACUGAAAAGGGAAGAGAAAGUCUUAUAGAUUGAAACUAGAAUUUUAGAAAAACUGUAUGAUGAAAAAAUUAGAGAAUCAUAGUAGAUUUGUAUUUACACCAAAUUAAUCAAUAGUGAAGUUGUAUGAGGUAGUCAAAAAUGAACCAAACUUUUGACAUAGGUUUUAUUAUACAACACACAACUCUAGCAUCACAACACCUUUAAAGCAAGUUCUUAUGGAUAGUUACUACUACCAAUAUCCAUAUUUUCACUUAACAAAAACUGACUUACAGGAUUGCUUUGAGGGUUUCUGUUACCUGCAGUUUCUAUCUUUGAUGCUGUUAAGAACCUGUGACCUUUUGAUUUCUUUUGUUUUGGGGAACAGAUGAAAGUAUACAGGGGCAAGAUCAGAGGACUAAUGCAGGUUUUUUUUACUGUUUCCACCCUGUGGGCAUUAAGAGGUCUUUUUUUAGAUCCAUUUUCGGUUUGACCAGGCCAACAAUGGUACAGUGAGACAGCUGGAUGGUGAGGAAGGAGGCCUAACAUAUUUGCAAUGAACCAACUUCCAAUUUUUCAUCAUCCUAUAUUCAAUCCUGGAUCCCCAGAACCAUCAGAGUUGACAUGUGUCCUGGGAGACCUGCUACUGCAAGGAAAGUUGAGACAAUUAAGAUAGUAAGGGAAGAGAUAAGA